CACCCACGGUUUUCCACUCGCCCACGGCGCCGGGCGACAUGGCGGCCGUGCGCCUAUCCCCACGCCUCCUCUCGAUUCCCCUCCUGCUCCCCGGACUCGACCCCGCAGCCGCAGUCCACCGCAGCAGCUCGGCCACCGCCGCCGCGCGGGCCAUGUCCUCCUCCUCCUCCGCGUCCUCACCCCCAACCCCCUACACGACGCUCGUGGGCCGCGUCCGCUGCGAGCGCGAGAUCAAGCGCAGCAAGUUCAUAGCAGUCGCCGCCUCCGUCCCCGACGAGCGCGCCGCCAUGUCCUUCCUCAACGAGGUCAAGGAUCCUCGUGCCACCCAUAAUUGCUGGGCUUACAAGGUGGGAGAACAGUUCCGUUAUAACGAUGACGGAGAACCUUCAAGCACGGCUGGAAAGCCAAUAUACUCUGCCAUCAUUUCGUCUGGCAUAGAUAUGGUCAUGGUGGUUGUAAUAAGAUAUUUUGGAGGCAUAAAACUGGGAACGGGCGGGCUGGUGAGAGCUUAUGGUGGGGUUGCUUCUGAGUGCCUUAAAGAUGCUCCUACUUGUCUUGUGAAACCCAAGGCUCGUGUGGGCAUGGAAGUGCCAUUUGACCUCUUGGGAACAGUAUACAAUCAGCUGCAGCAUUUCCAUGCCGAAGAUAUUAAACAGGACUAUGACACUGGCAAAGAUGGUACAGUUGUCGUCAUGUUCAAAGUAGAAUAUGAAAAAAUCGAGGGUCUUGGAAAUGCAGUGAAUUCAGCUUGCAGCAGGAAAAUUGAAUUAUUACAAUAAGCAGAGGGGACAAGCCUGAUUUUUCAGUUUCAAUGUUUAACUAGCAGCUAGUACAGCUUCAGUUUGUUGAGUGUAAGUAUUUGUACGAUCUAAUCCCACCAUGUUUUCUUCGGCUCAAUGGCAUAAUGGAAAUUAGUUCACAUGGGCUUAAA